AUGGACGCGCUUUGGUUUGAAUUCGUCACCGAAGACGAUGCCCUAAUGGAUGCGUUGCUUAAUUUAGGCGUCGGGUCAGAGUAUUCAUCAGCACUUCAGAUAGAAGUACGCGAGUGCGUAAAUUCAAUUAAGGCAACGAGACUUAAAUAUCUGUCGGAAGUAGAUCGCGUUCCACCGCCGGCAAACGGGUCGAUAUUUAGCGAAACCAAUUCAGGCGCGGGUUCAGUUCAAGUUAUGGAAAAACGUCGCGCAAAAAUGCCCGAUAUGCCGCUACCCCGUUUUGAUGGCGAUUACACUAAGUGGCCUACGUUUCGCGAUCGUUUUAAGUUACUCAUUGACCAACAGAACUUUCACGAUAUUGAUAAAUUUUAUUUUCUAAUUGGCUGUCUUGAAGGCAGUAGCGCCGCGGACGUAAUCAACAGUAUUCCAGUUUCGGAACAAAAUUAUGCAUUAGCCUGGUCGACUCUAUCUAACCGUUAUGAUAAGCCACGGCGAAUGGCUACUAUGUUAGUCGAAAAAAUGCUAUCGGCCCAAAUGUUGCGUCAAGAAAGUAUUGCCGACUUAAAUGCGUUUCUGAAAACUUUUGACGAGAGUAUUUCGUUGCUUAAAGCAUUAAAUAUACCUGAUAUAGGGUCAUUUCUUUUAUUUGCGCUAUGCUCCCGUUGUUUACCGACUUCAAGUCGGAAAUGUUUCGAGGCUGAAACGGUAGCCGAAUAUCCCUCAGCCGAUGACGUAAUUAAAUUUGUAAAAAGACGAGUAGCCGUUUUAGAAAAUGUUCAAGAUUGUCGCCCUGUUCAUGGUAAUGUGCACAAUGUUUAUAAAGCUAGGCGUAAUGAGCAAAAUAGUCGGCUUCCGGUAAUGUCGCUCGCGACCACAAAACCAGUCAAUAACAUUAAAGUAUCGAAACAAUGCACAGCGUGCAAAGGUGAACAUACGCUAGUUAAUUGUAAUGUUUUUAUCAGUUGGACCGUUAAUGACCGGUUGCAGUUUGCUCGCGAUAAACACCUGUGUUUUCGAUGCCUUAUCGCUACUCAUUAUUCCACGAAAUGUUCAGCAGCGACGUGUAAUCGGUGUAAUCGGAGACAUCAUACAUUAUUACACAUUGAUAGACCACCCCGCGCACCCAGCCAACCUAUUGAUAGUUCGUCGGCCACAGUUGAUGUGCCGUCAAAUAGUUUCUCGGGUCUUACAGCAAAUACUACGCCGACAGUAUUGCUGGGGACAGCGUUAGUUCAUGUUCGUGAUAGGUCGGGCACUCUUCAAACGGCACGCGUAUUGUUAGAUUCCGGGUCGCAAAUUAGUGCCAUGACGACGGCAUUCGCGGAUCGCCUCGGUCUCCCGCGCACUCGAUGGACUCAGUCCGUUACGGGUCUUUCUGGGAUUCAGGUUCCCGACACCCAAGGUUUUAUGACAUGUCAGAUGCAGCCACGUUUUUCUAGCGAACCGGUAUUGACGGUCAAAGCAUGGAUUUUGCCGUCAAUUACAAGUAAUUUACCGCGGCAGGUAAUUACGGCUCAUGUUAGGCAAAAUUAUAACAAUCUAGCACUUGCCGACCCGUCAUUCGAUACGCCCGGUUCGAUCGAUUUUCUGCUGGGUGCUGAUUUAUACUCAUUAAUUUUGAAUGGCAAACGUAUUGUUGUACAUAACGAUCUUCCCGCCGCAUUCGGUUCGAUAUUUGGAUGGGUGCUCAUCGGUGGCGCUCCCACCACUGUCUCCCUGCCGUGUUUAAAUGUGGUAUCAUUAACAACCUCUUUAGAGACAAUGUUAGAUAAGUUUUGGCAGGUGGAGGAACCUGACGCAGCCCCAAUCGAUUUUACCAAUGAUGGAAAAUGCGAGAAAAUUUUCUGUGAACAAUGCGUACGGCUCCCGUCAGGCCGUUUUUCUGUACCGUUACCAUUUCGUUCGUUGUCUCCAGACAAACUUAGUUUUCCGGGAUCUCGUCAUUUGGCCCUUAAGCGAUUCGAAAAUUUAGAGAAACGGUUACAAACUGAUUCGAAACUACGUGCACUCUAUUGUGAAUUUAUGGCAGAUUAUAUUAAACUUGGUCAUAUGUCCGUAGCCUCUUCCCCGGGAUUGUAUUUUAUACCACACCAUGCUGUGUACAAGCCGGAAAUCGACCCUCGUAAAAUUCGUGUCGUAUUUGACAGUUCGGCUGUACCGUGGGGCGGAAGCUCAUUGAACGACUGCUUAUAUGCUGGUCCGAAGUUGCAACAAGAAGUUGUUGACGUACUUUGCCGUUUCCGUUUGCGCAAAUAUGCUUUUACCGCCGACAUUUGCAAAAUGUAUCGGCAAAUUUUGAUAAAUCCUGAAUACCGUAAAUUUCAACACGUUUUAUGGCGUUCUUCGUCGACUGAGGAACUUGUUGAAUAUGAACUUAAUACGGUGACUUACGGUGUCAACAGUUCGCCGUACCUGGCGCUGCGCGUGCUACAGUUUAUAGCCGACAACGACUGUAUCGACGAGCCUGCCGUUCGUCACGCGUUGCGCUAUCAAACGUAUAUAGACGACGUGUGUACUGGAGCGGAUACUGUAGAAGGCGCGUUGUCGUUACAGAAGGCGUUAAUUUCGGUGCUAGGGAAAUCAGCGUUAGAGCUAAGGAAAUGGUCAAGCAAUUGUAUUGCUGUUCUAGACGCUGUUUCGGUAGAACACCGUGCUGCGACGUCGUUGUCAUUCGAUGACAGUGAUGGGGGAGGAACAAAGGUUCUAGGACUUCAGUGGCACGAUGCCGGUGAUUAUUUUUAUUAUGUGCCCCGCAUAGAAUCGGUAGUUGUUACUACUAAGCGAGGCGUCUUAUCGUUAAUAGCCCGCUUGUUUGAUCCACUCGGCCUUCUGUCUCCCUGUAUUAUGUUGGCAAAAUCUAUAAUGCAACGAACCUGGCAACUGUCCCUAGGGUGGGACGAAAAAUUACCUGACGAUAUUAGUAUGGAGUGGUCAAAUUUUGUUGCGGAGCUACCGCUGUUGUCGCACAUUAAAAUUGCGCGUUAUAUCGGCGCGUGUAAAAACUCGUCGUGUCGGCUUCUUGGGUUUUGUGACGCGUCUCAGCGUGGCUACGCCGCCGUUAUUUAUUUGCGCGUCGAAAAUCCAUUAACUGAAUCGUCUAUUUUCCUUAUCGGCGCGAAAACUAAAUUAGCUCCGAUUAAACCACUUUCUAUACCCCGUCUCGAGUUAAAUGCCGCAGUACUCUUAGCACGUUGGUUAGGACGAAUUAAAUCCAUUUUGUCUACGGAUUUAAAUAUUAUCGCGACUCAUGCUUGGACCGAUUCGCUCGUGGUAUUAUCGUGGCUAAGUGUACCACAUGAUACUUUUAAGGCAUAUGUGUCAAAUAGAGUACACCAGGUACAAUGUUUAAUACCUGAGUGCUCAUGGUCCUAUGUAAACACAACCGUCAACCCGGCCGACUGCGUAUCGCGCGGGGUAUUGCCCUCUAAAUUAUGUGAUUAUACGUUAUACUGGCAUGGCCCUCCGUUUAUUUUAGAAGCGCCAGAUAGGUGGCCGUCGCGACCGUCGUUAUUGGAUGUAUCCGAUUCAUCUGAAGUCCGCAUUAUUUCAUUAGCUGUUCGCGCCCAGGACCCUCCAACCGAAUGGUCAACUCGUUUUUCUUCAUAUAAUCGGAUGUUACGCGUCAUAUCGUAUAUGAGGCGUUUUGCACAUAAGUGUCGCCACAAUGCAUCUCCAGCGCUCGCGAUCACUCAAGAGGAAAUCGACGCGUCGUUACGAGCAAUAGUGAUUGAUUCGCAACAAUGUUUUUUUGCCGCGUUAAAAAAUGAACUUGUAGCUGGAGUCAGUAUAUCUUCUAAACCUAUGGCACGUUUGUGCCCUUUUUUGGACGAUUAUGGGGUAAUCCGCGUGGGUGGACGUUUACGUCAUUCGUUGUUACCUUACGAGCAAAAACAUCCGAUACUUUUAGCUAAACGGUCUCAUUUAGCCAUACUUAUAUUCAGAUGA